AUGGGUUUUUUUCUAAUGAACCUUUUCUUGCGAAUAGGACUUGCAAUUGGAUCAAAUUAUGGAUAUGUUGAAUGGUCGGACAGCGACAAAGACAUGGAAAUCAGGACUAUUUACAGCACUCCAAGUAGCAGAGAGCCUCAGCUUUAUCCAACGCUGCUCAGCAACCCCAUGACCGAGCGCGCCGUUGUGGCGCAUAAGAUCGAGGAGGACCUACCGCGGGUGGUCACCUCUUUCCUGCACACAGGAGAUUCCUCGACCCUGGAACAUAUCAACUGUUCGCGACGCUACGAGUUAAGUAGCCUUCGCGGGGGAGCCCAUGUCGCCUCGCAUUACUCCCUGCACAGCGUGCUGGAUACCAUGGCACACGCUACCAACUUCCUGAACAUGAUACUACAAACCAACAGGUCGAGAGAGCAAAGCUUACGACGUGAUAUCCAAUGGUACCACGCGUUAGUAAGGAGUAUCCUGGAGGGAGACCCCAAAAUCCACCGAGCCGUGGUCACGUUUCAUACGGAUUCUCCCACGCCUGGUCCGCACGUAUUCCUCCAGGCGACCAGAAAGGACAAAGACAUAGUUCUCCAAGACCUUUCAAACACUGCUCACCAUCGCCUUACAAGCAGGGCACCUGAGUCCGAAUGGUACAACGAGUUCAGAGAUAGAAAGAAACCUCACUUGUUUAGGAGGGCGCCGGGUCGGGACUCCAAAAUCACACAGGACAGUUACGUACUUGAUAAAAGUCAAAUUAAAUGGUCGGCGCCCUACCUGGAGUGUGAACACGGGAACUUUGUGCCGCACUGGCUUCUCACCCUCUCGGCUGGUUUCUAUGGGCUGAAGGCUAAUUCGGCGCCAGAGUUCAGAGGUGUGGUGAGAGUGGACGUGAACCUCCAGGAUGUGGACAUUAACCAGUGCUCCACCAGUGGCUGGUUUGGAGGGACUCACCGCUGUAACCUGACCACUAUGGAGUGCAAGCCGAUCUUGGGCCAUGGAUUUGUGUUGGACAAGUACAAAUGUCAAUGCAAGAGAGGCUUCUACCAUCCCAGCAGGGUGGCCCUCAACGGAAUCUCCAGGACUGAGCGGGGUCCUCAUAGCGACGAGCACUCGGAGGGUUCCGGAAAGUGCCUGCCUUGUCGUGAGGGCUGUCCUUUUUGUCGGGAUGACACGCCCUGUCUGGCCCAGGAGGAUAGCUCACUGCGGCUGGCUAUGGUGUCCUUCCAGGGCCUGUGUAUGCUGCUGGACUUCGUGAGCAUGGUUUUGGUCUACAACUUCCGCCGGAAUAAGAGAAUCAGAGCCUCUGGUCUUAUUUUGCUGGAGGCCAUUUUGUCUGGAUCUCUGCUUCUCUACUUCCCUGUGAUGAUAUUGUAUUUUCAUCCAAGCGUAUUCCGCUGCAUUCUACUGAGAUGGGUCCGUCUCCUUGGUUUUUCCACAGUCUAUGGGACAAUAAUCCUCAAACUGUACAGGGUGCUUAAGGUGUUCCUGUCGCGUACGGCCCAACGGAUCCCCUACAUGACAAGCUGGAGAGUCCUGCGUCUGCUGGCCAUCAUCCUCCUGGUGGUUUGCUGGUUCCUUGUGGCGUGGACCUCAGCUGUGUGCCAGAGCCACGACACUCAACAUGCCCUCAUUGAUGUGGGCAUCACCCCUGAGGGUCUGCAGUUCAGCAUGUGCCUGCUUGACCGCUGGGACUACAUGAUGGCUGUCGCGGAGUUCCUGUUUCUCCUGUGGGGGGUCUAUCUCUGCUACGCAGUGCGGACUGUGCCCUCGGCUUUUCACGAGCCACGAUACAUGGCCAUUGCCAUCUACAAUGAACUCCUCAUCUCAGCAAUAUUUCACAUCAUUAGGUUCUCUUUGGCUCCUGGAUUACAUCCUGAUUGGAUGCUUAUGCUAUUCUUUGUUCACACUCACCUGACAGUGACAGUAACUUUGGGGCUUCUGCUAGUUCCUAAGUUUAUGUUCACUGGGACUCACACACGCGAUGACAUUGCCACAGAAGCCUAUGAAGAUGAACUUGACAUGGGCCGGUCAGGCUCCUAUCUGAAUAGCAGUAUAACAUCAGCCUGGAGUGAACACAGUCUGGACCCAGAGGACAUACGGGAGGAGCUUAAGAAGCUCUAUGCCCAGUUAGAGAUCUACAAGAUGAAGAAGAUGAUGGCCAACAACCCACACCUUCAGAAGAAACGCAGCUCCAAGAAAGGCCUUGGACGUUCGCUAAUGCGUCGAAUCACAGAGAUUCCAGAGACAAUGAGCCGACAGUGCAGCCGCGAAGACAGGGAUAGUGACCAUGGGAGUAACCGGAGUACCCUGAGGAGGAAUCCAUUUGACCCUUCCCACUCUGGGAAAUCUAAGGAAGAUUCCCUGAAGAACAAGGUGUUCUCUCUGAAGAAGUCUCACAGUUAUGACCAUGUACAUGAACAGGGUGGGGACACCAGUGGAACAGCCACGGACAAAAUAGAGAGCUCCACCACAGAGACUUCUCUGCUGGGUACCUUGAUGGGCAGGAGGUCAGCCAAGAAGCCUCCAGAGGUUCUGAAGGUUGAGCCUGCAGAAUCUGCAGAGUCUGUACCCUUAGUAUGCAAGUCUGUCAGUGCACACAAUCUCACAGCUGACAAGAAGCCCAUACACCUUCGGACUUCCAUGCUACAAAAAUCUCUAAGCGUCAUCGCCAGCGCCAGAGAAAGGACACUGGGACUUACAGGAAAGACCCACAGUGUGGAGGAUGCUGCUAAGAAGGGGCACAAAGCUAGAGAUAGCAGAAUGCUAUCUGAGGUAGAUGAGUCACCAGAGUGUUACCCCAAGAUGAUUAUCAGCCAAUCUGUUGAGUACACCAAGACGCCAAGUAAGAUGGGUAUCAUGAAACAGCAGGUAAGUGGCAGUCAGCCAUCCAUCUGCUCUGAACCAGGAAGGAGCAAAGACCUGUAUGACCUCUCAGAGGUGUGCCCCUGGGAGAUGGAGGAGCUGCCCACACCAUCUGAAGGGAAGACACAGAAACAUGUCUCAAUUGCACCAUGUGAGACAACCACAGUCCAUGGGAGCUCUUCGAAAAGUGGACGAUCUCAGCACAAACAGAAGACUGCAUGCCAGUCACCCUCCAACCGUCGGCGCUCCAGAGACAAAAUGGGGGACAGGGAGGAAGGGAAUGAUAGGCAUGAGGGGAGAAAGCCUAAAUCACCACUCAACCUAAGUGUCCACAAAGAUGUCUGCCCCUGGGACUUUGAGGAGUUGCCUGGAAAGGCAAUGGACAGUGCUGGUCUUUCUCCAGAAAGAGGUCGACGCAAAAAAAGCGUUACACCAACAGAUGGGAAACCUAAAAUCAUCCUCUCAGAUAUCUCCAGGUCCACAGGGAGCCUUCUGCAGCCUCCAGCCCUCAUGGUGGAGAUCUGCCCCUGGGAUUAUGAUGCACCUCUUUCCCCUAACCACGAAAAGAUCUCCAGUCCUACACACCAUUCAAAACGGAGAGACUCCAGCUCCAAAAGAAAAGGAUCAUGCUCUUCAAAGGAGAAGGGGAAAGAGCGGGAAGAGGAGAAGAGACAGUCAAAGAGCAAGGAGCGGAGAAGCUCCUCAAGCAAACCCUCAGAGAAGCGUCGCGUCAGCCAAUCAUCAGAUGGUGGCCAGGUCACCAUGGCAACCUCAGGCAGGAGGAGGAGUUCCACAAGAGAGCCAGCAGGAACCGACAGCAAGAGGGCUGAGGCCUGCCCAUGGGAGGUGGAGGCUGUCCCGGGCGAUAUCUCCAGAGACAAAACCUCCCCGGCAAAAGACAAGUGUUCAACCCCUCAAAAUACAACAACGUGUCAUCCCAAUAUGGCCGAUAUUUGCCCAUGGGAUUUUGAGGAUAAGUCACCUGGGAAAAGUGCAUGA